UGUUAUCAUUCCCCUCUUUUAUCCACAGAUCCAUGGCAAAGUGGUUGAAGGAUUAUUUAAACCUAGGCAGCAGGCGUGAUCCUCCGCAGCCCCCCAGGCCAGAUUACACUGAGAGUGAGAUACUAAGGGCCUACAGAGCUCAGAAGGAGCGGGAUUUUGAGGAUCCCUACCAACACUCUGAUAAGGAGCAUCAGAAUGGCGGAUUUAGCUCUUGUAGCACGACUGUGAGCCUCCCCUCUUUCCCUGCGUUUGGUUCUGUGCUGUCUGACUGUGUAGAGGUGAAAGUUGUGUCUCCAAAACACAGACUAAUUAAAGUGGACUCUCAGGAAUUUGGCCGCUGUAAAAUUCCUCUCAGUCCAGUGACUGUUCACAAAGAGCCUGUGGUUCCUUCUGCCCCAGCAGCAUCAGAUGGUGAAACCGAUUACUCUGAUCCCUUUGAUGCACGUCCAGACCCAAGAGCCAAACCGAACAGGGAGCUGAAAUCGUCACCAACAGACUGCUGCAGCUACAUGGAGCCGUUCGAGGCCCAGAGGAUUAUUGCAGAUCUGCAACACAGCGUGAUGGCUACCAGGUCUCCAAGUGGAGAUGCUGUUCAGUUGUAUGAUAACCCCUACGAGGAAAAGAGCCGUCACCUCCAGCGAGCCGCUCCAGGAGCACAGCAGCAGAUGCAGAAAACCGACGCUGGACCCGGCUGGAUUGACAGCAGGGAGAGCCGGCUGCCUCAGGACGACGAGAGGCCAGCGGAUGAGUAUGACCAGCCGUGGGAGUGGAAGAAAGACAACAUCUCUAAAGCUCUCGCAGUUCAGUUUGAAGGAGCAGAGAGGGAACGCUCCCGGGCUCAGUCGGAACACACACGGUUUACCAAAGCUGGCUCUGCAUCAACAGCCUGUGAUGCAGCUACACUCCGUCUUGUCGGUGACACUCCUCCUCUGCUGGGGGAGAGGGUGGAUCCAUCCCUGCCCCUGGAGAAGCAGGUGUGGUACCAUGGAGCCCUGGGCCGCUCAGAGGCUGAGUCUCUGUUGACUCUGUGCAAAGAGAGUUCAUACCUGGUGAGGAAAAGCCAGAGCAGCCAGAAUGACUACUCCUUAUCACUCAGGAGUUGCAAAGGAUUCAUGCACAUGAAGUUCACUCAGUCUGCUGACGGCCGUUACGUCCUCGGGGAAAACAGUCCUCCUUUCUCCACUGUCCCCGAGGUCAUCCACUACUACACUACACACAAACUGCCCAUCAGAGGAGCUGAGCACAUGUCCCUGCUGUACCCUGUCAUUGUGCAGACCCUCUGAUACAGUCAGACUCUUUCUGUUUCUCCUGGUGCUACUGAAAAGCAAUGUCUACUCAGCAUUUACACAUUUCUUCCUGUUUAUUUGCAUUUUUUCCACUGCAACCCUGCUGUUACUACAUUGAAGAGGUGAUUUGGUGCCAUGUUUUCUAUGUAUCGGCAUGAAAUCUUAAUUUUAUUUCCAAGAAGGUUGUCUUGAGAUUCUGAGAAAGAAGAAUUUAUUUAACACAUGUUGAUCUGUAUUUUUCCUCAUGCAGUGAAACCUGAUUCUGAUGACUAAAAUAUACCAGUCUAGGGUUUUUGGAGGAGGUAACUGUGCCAAUGAACACUAUUUUUCUUUGUUUUUCUUCCAUUUCAAAAGUUCAGCUGAAAUGUUUCAAGCAAUAAUGUUAUGGCCCUUGUUGCAUCUGUUAAAGACACUACAUCAGUUGCUUCCUUUACUUCCUCAAACUCUUUGUUUUCCAGAGGCUUGUGAAUGUCCUGCAAUGUUGCAGCUAUAAACCCUUCAGUGUUCUUGUUUCAAGGUGUCA